AUGUUGUUGUUGACAUCACUGUCCUCAACUUUUUACCUCUUUUGCUGGAGAGUGCGAGAAGAUAAUUCGACAAACGAGUGGAGGAGUGGACGGAGAGUUGUUGAGCUAGAUGUGCUGGCCAAGCUGAUGUACUGUGUUGUUUGCCGAACUCCAUUACAUCUAUCGAACACUGAAGGAGAAAAGAGAUAUGGACUUGCCAGCACACUUUACAUUCGUUGUAUGAACUGCCAUGUGCUAAAUGAUGUACACACAGGCAAAAAGUCGCAAAGAUCUUUUGACAUCAAUUUAAAAUUAGCUCUAGCAAUGGUUCACACAGGACUCGGACCAAUCCAAGUCAAUAAUUUCUUAGCAACUUUGAAUCUCCCUCCAACUGAUCCAUCUACACUAAAGAGGAGGGAGCUGAAGAUUGACACCAACCUGGAGAAAAUGGCCCGAGAAUCUUGUUUGGAGGCAACAAAGGAAGAGAUGAAGAAAGGAAACGGAAAGAUUGAAGUAAGCUUUGAUGGUGGUUGGCAGAAGAGGGGUACUGGCUGGAAUUAUGACAGUAAUACAGGUAAAAUUGAUAUUGGUGUAUGA